AUGUCCGAAGAGCACAAGAUGAAAACUGAAGAAGAUGGCACCGAACUGGGCCGAGCUCCCACCGUGCAGGAAGGUGACACAAUUCCACGCCGCAUCUCUGUCCAAGAUGCCGUCGGUUGGCUAGGGACAGUGGCCCUCAUGAUGAAGACCCAGAUCGGCCUGGGUGUCUUGUCCAUUCCUGCCGUCUUCGACGUCCUGGGCCUGAUACCGGGAGUCAUCUGCCUGCUUGUCAUCGCGGCCAUCACGACCUGGUCGGACUAUAUGGUCGGUAUGUUCAAGCUCAGGCAUCGAGACGUCUACAGCAUCGACGACGCCGGCGCUUUGAUGUUCGGAAAGACUGGGAGAUAUAUCCUCGGAAGUGCUUUUAUUCUUUAUUGGGCCUUCGUCGCCGGUUCGGGCAUGCUGGGGAUCUCGAUCGGCCUCAACGCGGUAUCGACCCACGGUGCAUGUACCGCCAUCUUCGUCGCUGUUGCGGCCCUGGCCGGCUUCUUGCUCGGCAGCAUCCAGACGCUGGGCCGCAUUAGCUGGCUCGCAUGGCUGGGACUAACGUGCAUUCUCACCGCAAUCUUCACAGUCACCAUUGCUGUUGGUGUACAGGAUCGCCCAACCGCCGCACCCCAAGAAGGACCCUGGUCCUCGGACUAUAAGCUCUUCAACAACCCGUCCUUCGCUGACGCCAGCGCUGCGCUAUCCUCGCUCGUUUUCGCAUAUGCGGGGACCCCGGGCUUCUUUGCUAUCGUCUCGGAAAUGAGGGAUCCUCGCCACUAUACACGCUCUCUGCUUAUUUGCCAGUCCGGCGUUACAGCAGUCUACAUGUCCAUCGGAGUCGUGGUCUACUAUUUUUGCGGGUCGUACGUCGCUUCGCCUGCGCUCGGUUCUGCGGGUCACCUCAUGAAGAAGAUCAGCUACGGUUUCGCUCUACCCGGCCUAUUGGUGACGACCACUCUCGUCAUCCAUGUUCCGAGCAAGUACCUCUUCGUGCGCAUCCUGCGCGGGUCCGUCCACCUUUCGACUCCCACCUUGGUCCACUGGGCGACUUGGUUCAGUUGUACCUUAGGCAUCACCAUAACGGCCUUUAUCAUAGCCAGUACGAUCCCCGUCUUUGGCGGCCUCGUCUCGCUGAUUGGUGCUCUCCUCGGAACGCUGCUCUCCUUCCAGCCCAUGGGGUGCAUGUGGCUCUACGAUAAUUGGAAAAAAGACAAGGCUGAGCGCUCGACUAAAUGGCUGCUGAUGGUGGGGUUCAGCGUUUUCGUCGUGGUCAUCGGCACCUUCUUGAUGGUUGUUGGCACAUACGGGUCCAUCGUGGGCAUCAUUGACUCUUACAAGGAGUCAGGCGGUUCUGCUGCAUUCUCCUGUGCCGACAACUCCAACUCUGUCUGA